GAUGGGUGCAGUUCUGUCCACAACAUCACUUCUGUGUGUUCUACUCCAUACACUAUAGUCAUUGAGAACUCCAGAAUGAAUCGGUUCUACUCUGGAUAUACUCAGAAACUAUCAUACACACUAUAAUACCUAUGUAUAGAUUAUAUAAGAAUACAUGACUAAGCACACGUCAAGACUAGCCAAUGCUCAGUCAUGCUCAGCCCCCGCCAUUCUCUCUCCUACUGAACCGCCUCGAGCUACUCCCGUCCGGGUAUUAUACCAUGAGUCCAUGACCGACUCUCGCAUCCUCCAUCUCUCUCCAUCUCCAUCCCUCCAUCACUCUCCCAUCCCCCACUCCGCCGACUUCCUCUUUCUUUCCCCGCUAAUCCAUUCAAAUCUUGAAUUCUGGUUUCUUCUGUUCAGCCUCGCUCACUUCCCACCCUUUCCCUCUCUCCCCCCUCCCUCUCCGCCCCUCUCCCUCUCCCUCUCUCUCCCUCUCCCUCUCCCUCUCCCUCCAUCAUCCUCUCUUCCUAUCUCUCCCCCCCGUCUCUCAUUUCCUUCCUGGUCCUCCUUACUCGGCCUGGAUCUGUUCGAUACCGCCCCUCGGUCGGGUGCGUCCCCCAGUGGUCCUCUUGCUUUGCGGUUCAUGCGGUCGUCGCGAAUUCCCUCCUAGGCUUGCCUUGAUCGGCCUUUUGCCUCCCUCUUCCUCAGGCCUGGUCUGCCUGUUCCGUCCUCCCUCCUCAACUCCAAUAUGGGUUCCAAUCUGCCCGCUCAGCCAAAUCUCAGGAUCACAAGUAAGGAAAUGAUCCGACUAUCGGGGAUUCCUCGAGAACCCCGUCAUCCUACCUAUAUCCUUCGAACUUAACUAACCUCUU